CUCUCAUUGAAUUGAAUACUUUGGUCCCAAAGGAAGUGGCCGGUGUUCCCAUCGUCCCCGGCUGGUUAUUGGCUUCCCCACACGUACCAACAAUGGCAAGCACGCCGCCGCCUCUCAGACCCAUAGACACAUCGAGAGCAAACACAACUCCUGCCGCCCCCGCGAACAACAGUAGGGAGAAGCAUGACGGCCGGAACCAGCACCAUGCGGCGGUGCUAGAAGGGGCGGCGGCGGCGGAGGAGGAGCCGGCGAGCCCGGCGACGCGCCUCUUUCACACAAGAAACCUCAACUGCUACAUCAUCGCCGUAUUGGGAUGCAGCACAAAGAUCGACGUGGAAGUCGUCAAGAAGGGUCUGGAGUCCACCUUGGUCAAUCACCCUCGCUUCUCUAGCACUCUAUCGGAGGAUAAGAGAUCAGGGAAGAAGAGGUGGGUUCGGGGGAAGGUGGAUGUGGAGAAGCACGUGAUAUGCCCGGAAUUGGAGCCGGCGGACAUGGAAGCCACGGCGGCGGACAUGUUGGUGGAGAACUACACAUCAUCCCUGACCACCAAGGAAAUGGACAUGUCGAAGCCAUUGUGGGACAUUCACAUACUGAACGUGAAAACCUCUGAAGCAAACUCCACAGGAAUCCUGAGGAUGCACCAUUCCCUCGGGGACGGCAUUUCCCUCAUCUCUCUCUUCCUCGCUUGCACCCGCAAGACUUCCGAUCCCGAUGCCCUGCCCACAAUCCCCACCGCCGCCCGACGACGACCCGGAUUCGGCUUCUUGCUCGGCAGCCCGUUCCUGUUUCUUAUGCUGGUGGUGAACACAGUCGUGGACAUGCUGCUCUUCUUGGCCACUCUCCUGUUUCUCAAGGACACCCAUACUCCCUUGAAGGGAGGAGGGAUAAUAAUCAAGAAGAGUCAUACUACUGAUUCUUGUGGCGGCAGAGCAGCAGACUUGCCGGGGAGACGGCUCGUGCAUCGCACAAUAAGUCUCGAUGACAUCAAACUCAUCAAAAAUGCACUCAACGUGACCGUGAAUGAUGUCUUGAUGGGGAUAUUACAAGCCGGGAUGUCACGUUAUCUGAACCGGAAAUACGGUAAGCAAAAAUGGAGCGAAAGCAAUGACAACAAAAAUAAUCUGCCCAAGUCUGUUCGGCUCAGAGGCGCAGUGAUUUUCAACAUCAGACCAUCUGCAGGAAUUAAGGCAUUAGCUGAGAUGAUGGAAAAGAAGUCAAAGGCAAAAUGGGGCAACAAGAUAGGAUAUGCACUAACUCCACUAUUCAUUGGUCUUCAAGAAAACCCAUUGGGUUAUAUUUAUAAAGCAAAAGCCAUUAUUGACCGAAAGAAGCUCUCCCUGGAAUCCAGAUUAUCCUUCUCUGCUGCUCACCUCAUAGUAAAGCUUUUUGGAAUCGAGUGCCUCAAGAGAGAAACUAUGGCCGAUGUCGUCCAGCAUUCUGAAGCUUACCCAUCGAAUAUGGUAUGAACAAUGUUAGGAAUCCGAGAUCAGAGGCGAUCAAGCGGAAGCGAACAAACACACACACACAAAUAGCAGAAAAUAAGAACACGAGAUUUAACGUGGUUCGGUCAGUAACCUAUUCCACAAGUUGCAACUAGGGUUUAUCUUUUAUUAGGUGCUCACAGAUUAUAGUUACAUGAUUGGGUAUUUAUAAGAUAUAAAUUAGGGUUAACAAC